AUGGGCCCAGCCACCAACCGACUUACUCGCUUAAGCGAGAAGGAAAGCACCAGCCUACGCAACACCUUUAAAGCAUUACGAUCUCACCUCCAGUGCCCAAGUUGCAACCGCAAGGACACUCUUACCCUCUAUGGCUC